AUGGUGCCCGACGAUGUGACCGCUGGUCUGCAACCUGAGCUCCUUUGGCGGUAUUUCAAGGACUUGACGCAAAUCCCUCGCCCGUCAAAGCAUGAGCACCGGGUGCUGCAGUACCUAAAGGACUUUGCUGCGGAACGGCAGCUGACGUGGCAGCAGGACGCCGUGGGCAACCUGGUCAUUCGCCGGCCAGGGUCAGGGCUCGCCGCCGAGGCGGCGCCGUGCGUCGUCAUUCAGGCUCAUGUGGACAUGGUGUGCGAGAAGGACCCCUCCGUAACCCACGACUUCCUGCGCGACCCGUUGGUGCUCAGACGUGCGGGGGACUGGAUCCAGGCCAGUGGGACCACCCUGGGGGCCGAUAACGGCAUUGGCGCCUUCCAGAUUGCUCCGGAUCUACUCACUGGUCGUACGAUGCUCAACCUGGACUCUGGUCGGUCCGAGUGGCUAUGUGUCCGAGCGGCUGUGUGCGAGGGGGCGGGAUUAAGUGUGUGUGGGGGUGGGGGGCGCAGGUUUCUGUCGCUUUCUCAGCCCCACGACCCCUACCCUUUUCAUGAGGCCCAUAUCCCGCUAAACACCGGUGCCGUGUGCGAAGACUGGGGGGAGAUCUUCAUCGGUUGCGCGGGAGGUGGCGACAUGAGUUUGGUGCUGAGGGUAGCGCUGGAGCCCCCGCCAUCGUCAUCCUCUUCCGCUGCCGCCAUGACGGCGCACACGCCCCCUCCCAAACCCCCUCAGCAGUUGAAGCUAGGGGGCCUGCUGGGCGGCCACAGCGGUCUCAAUAUUCACGAAGGUCGAGGCAAUGCCGUACAGCUGAUGGGAAGGGCGCUGGCGGCGGUGGCGGCAGCGGCGGGGCCGGACGGCUGGCGGCUGGCGGAAAUUAACGGCGGCGACAAACGCAACGCAAUCGCGCGAGAUGCGUCCGCUGUCGUACUGGUAGCGGAAGACAAGCAGGCCGCCGUGGCCGCUGCCGUACAGACUCUGCUGGACGAACUCCGUACGGAAUACGGCGCAAUAGAGACGGGUUUGACUCUUGAGCUGGUGCCGGGGCUCCAGGACGUGCCUGCCGUGGAGAGCGUGGUGUCCCCGGCUGACGUGGAGAGACUGUUGGCGCUGUUGCGCGGCUUGCCGCAUGGGCCCAUCAAGUUCUCACAUGCCGUACCGGGCCUGGUGGAGACGAGUAACAAUGUCGCAUCCAUAAAGGAGGCGCCCUGCUCCCUGCCCUCCUUCCGGCAUUACGUCAUCACCAACACCGUUCGCUCCUCCCUGACGCCCUCCCUGGAGGCUACACGUGACGUCAUCCAGGGCCUGGCGACUCUGGCGGGCUGUGUGGAGGUGCAGCGGGGUGAGGCCUACCCCGGUUGGCAACCCAACUUGGACAGCAAGGUGCUCCAGGUGGUCCGGGAGGUCUACGGGGAGGUGCUCGGGGGAAACAAGUCCGCCAAGGUUGGAGCCAUUCACGCGGGUCUUGAAUGCGGAAUCCUGGGGAAGAAGUUCCCGGGCAUGGACAUGGUUUCGUUCGGACCCACCAUCAAGGGGGCGCAUUCGCUCGAGGAGAGGGUCCAGAUCUCAACGGUGGAGCCGUUCUGGCAACUAACUGUCAAGGUCCUGGAGCGUCUCGCGGAUGUACGACAGUGA